GAGAAAUGGCAUCCGAGUCUGAUUCAUUUAUGCCCUUUGAAUUUGAUUCCCCUCUGAAAUUAUUAUCAGAUUCUUCCUCUUUGAAAGCCGUCCCUUCCAAAUUCAACCUCACCAAUGACCGCACCGCAUUCACUUCUGAUUCACUCCCCACCAUCGAUUUCUCAGCCCUUGUUGGCUGCGAUCCUCAUCAACGCUCCAAAGCUGUCCACCACCUCGCCACAGCAUGUCAGGAUUGGGGUUUCUUCAUUCUUGUGAAUCAUGGGGUGCCAGAGAGAUUGAUGAGUGAAAUGUUUAGGGAAAUGGUAGAAUUUUUCAGUUUGGCUGAUUCGGAGAAGAAGCAGUAUGAAGCCAAGAGUGCUUCAGAUCCAAUCAAAUGUGGAAAUUUCAACGUCGCCAACACUUCAAACCAAAGCUUUACAUUAUGGAGGGAAUACCUGAAGCUCUACGUCCAUCCCGACUUCCAUUGUCCUCACCAACCUCAACUCUUGAGGGAUGUGGUGCAGGAAUACACCCAAAUGAUAAGAGUAUUAACUAGGAAGCUAAUCGAAGCUGUAUGCGAAGCCCUAGAACUGAAUCAACGUCGUUACGUGGAUGAAAUAUUGAAGAUGGAAUCGAGUUUUCAAUUGUUUGCGACAAAUUACUAUCCGCGUUGCCCUCAGCCGGAUCAAGCCAUCGGCAUUCCGCCGCAUACGGAUCAUGGUUUGUUCACUUUUCUCAUACAUAACGGCGUCGCCGGUCUUCAAAUUGAGCACGACGGAAAGUGGUUCAACGCUGAUUCUCCUAAGAAUUCUAUUUUGGUCAAUGCAGCUGACCAACUUGAGGUAUAA